GUAUUCGCUUUGCUCAUCAACCUCGCCUUUCAACCAAAGUGACACGGUGCAAGCAUGGCAUUGUGCAUUUGUUCAAUUAAUUUUUGAGCCCCGUUAAUUAGUUUGCGUUCCUAUUUUGCUUAUGUUCGCAUUUAGGAACAGGUGACGGCUAUUUCCGCAAACGCAGGCCCAGUUCUCUCACUCUUUCGAUCGAACGUCGUCGCUUCAAGUCCUCCAAACAUGACCACUUUCGGCGAACUGAUCAAAAAUGAAUUCCCUAGAUUGAAUGACGAGCUGUUUCAUUAUGUCAACGGGGUCAUAUCUGGAGGAGCUGAUGAAUUUGAGGACAGCGAGGAGAUAUAUGAGGCUAUCGGCCACGUUCUAGAAGAGGUUGCUGAUGAAAAGACUGAGGAUGAUAUUCGUGAUGUCUGUGAAAGACUCAUGUUGAUUUUAAGACCAAAUGACGUUGGAGCCAAGAGUCAGAUUCGAAUUUUAAAUGCGCCAGUUAAUAUUGCUAGCCUGGCAUCCACCAGUGAACCCGUCGGCGAAAUCAGAAGCAUUUGGGUGACCCAGCGAGAUGACGGCUUGAAAGUGGACCAGAAAAAGCUUGAAAAAGCCGAGGCAAAGCUGCAAAUGAAGCAGGGGAAGCGGACCGGAGGAGAGCCUUUUAAGAGCACUGCCACCCCCAAGCUGGAAAGCGCGUCAGCCUCGCAGAUGGUCAGCAAAAAGGACAACAAGAUGGACCAAAAAGGCACAAACAGAGGACUGGACGUGCGGAUAGAGAACUUUGACAUCGCCUACGGUGACAGGGUUUUGCUGCAAGGUGCUGACAUGGUGAUGGCUUUUGGCAGACGUUACGGCCUCAUCGGCAGGAAUGGUCUCGGAAAAACCACGCUGCUGCGAAUGAUCUCUGCGGGCCAGUUGAAAAUUCCGUCUCACAUCACUGUGCUGCACGUGGAGCAAGAGGUGGUCGGCGACGACACGCCCGCCCUCGAGAGCGUCCUGCAAUGUGAUACCGUUCGAGAGUCGCUGCUCAGUCAGGAGAGGGAAAUCAAUGCUAAAAUCAAUUCUGGUCACACAGACGAAGACCUGAACUCAAAACUAUCUGAGGUGUACGUCCAGCUUCAGAGCAUAGACGCAGACAAAGCUCCAGCCAGAGCGAGUGUGAUCCUAGCAGGUCUGGGAUUCUCCGCCGAAAAGCAGAAGAGGCCUACCAAAGAGUUCUCGGGUGGAUGGCGUAUGCGUUUGGCUCUUGCAAGAGCCCUCUUUUCCAGGCCUGACUUGCUGCUGCUUGACGAGCCGACGAACAUGUUAGAUAUGAAAGCCAUCAUCUGGCUUGAAAACUACUUGCAAAACUGGCCAACAACUCUUCUAGUAGUUUCCCACGACCGCAACUUCCUGGACACCGUUCCCACCGAUAUUUUCCACCUGCACACGCAACGUAUUGACACCUACAAGGGCAACUACGACAGCUUCCUCAAGGUGAAAACCGAAAAGCAUAAGAACCAGCAGCGCGAGUACGAGGCCCAGAUGCAGCAUCGCUCGCACAUCCAGGAGUUUAUCGACCGAUUCCGCUACAACGCUAACCGCGCCUCCAGCGUGCAGAGCAAAAUCAAGAUGCUGGAAAAAUUACCUGAGCUGAAGCCAGUGGAGAAGGAAACUGAGGUGGUGCUAAAAUUCCCUGAUACUGAGAAGUUGUCUCCUCCGAUUCUGCAACUUGACGAGCUGUCUUUCACCUAUGAAAACGGACACACGGUCUUUGAGGGGGUCAAUCUUGGAGCGACUAUGGAAUCUCGAAUUUGUAUUGUUGGUGACAAUGGUGCUGGUAAAACCACCCUUCUUAAAAUCAUUAUGGGUAUGCUAAGUCCGACAAAGGGUGCGAGGAACGUGCAUCGCAACCUCAAGUUCGGGUAUUUCAGCCAGCAUCACGUAGACCAGUUGGAUAUGCGGGGUUCAUCUGUCGAUCUUCUCGCGUCCGAGUUUCCAGGACGACCUGUCGAGGAGUAUAGACGGCAGUUGGGCAGUUUUGGAGUGUCAGGUGACCUGGCCCUGCAGAGUAUCGAAAGCUUGUCGGGAGGGCAAAAGUCGAGAGUGGCUUUUGCCAAAAUGUGCAUGGCCCUGCCCAAUUUCCUUGUUCUCGACGAGCCGACCAAUCAUCUGGACAUUGAGACCAUCGAAGCGCUCGGAAAAGCAAUCACGAAAUACACGGGUGGUGUAAUUUUGGUGUCUCACGACGAGCGGCUUAUCCGAAUGGUGUGUCAGGAACUGUGGGUUUGCGGUGGAGGCAAAAUCGCGUCCAUCGAGGGAGGCUUUGACGAGUACAGAAAAAUCAUCGAGAAAGAGCUGGAAGCUGUUGCCUGAACACUUCUUGUUGUUUAAUUUGAAUUAUACACAUUAUUACGAAAACCAA